GCGCAGGCGCACAGGAGUUGGCAGGGACCCUGAGGGAGGGCGGACCAGAAGACGCCUCUCUUGGCUUUGGACAGCGUCGUCGAGUCGUCUGGGUUCUAACGCUGGGCCGAAAGCUUUUGUCAGGGGCCUGGGCGAGAACGAGGCCCGCGAGGUUCCCGAUGGUGUCCAUGACUUUCAAGCGGAGCCGCAGCGACCGGUUCUACAGCACCCGGUGCUGCGGCUGUUGCCAUGUCCGCACCGGGACGAUCAUCCUGGGGACCUGGUACAUGGUGGUCAACCUAUUGAUGGCCAUUUUGCUGACUGUGGAGGUGACUCAUCCAAAUUCCAUGCCAGCUGUCAACAUUCAGUAUGAAGUCAUUGGUAACUACUAUUCAUCUGAGAGAAUGGCUGAUAAUGCCUGCGUUCUUUUUGCCGUCUCUGUUCUUAUGUUUAUAAUCAGUUCAAUGCUGGUUUAUGGAGCAAUUUCUUAUCAAGUGGGCUGGCUGAUUCCAUUCUUCUGCUACCGGCUUUUUGACUUCGUUCUCAGUUGUCUGGUGGCCAUCAGUUCUCUCACUUACUUGCCAAGAAUCAAAGAAUAUCUGGAUCAGUUACCUGAUUUCCCCUACAAAGAUGACCUCCUGGCAUUGGACUCCAGCUGCCUCCUGUUCAUUGUUCUUGUGUUCUUUGUGGCUUUCAUCAUUUUUAAGGCUUACCUAAUCAAUUGUGUUUGGAACUGCUACAAAUACAUCAACAACAGAAAUGUGCCAGAGAUUGCUGUGUACCCUGCCUUUGAAGCACCUCCACAGUACGUUUUGCCAACCUAUGAAAUGGCUGUGAAGAUGCCUGAGAAAGAGCCACCGCCUCCUUACCUGUCUGCCUGAGGACGGUCUGCCUUGUCAAUAAACCCUAUACCAGCUUCUUGUCUUGUUUAUUUUACAGAAAGCUGCAAUGCAGGGCUCUCAGACAUGUUUGAUAUAAAGUGCACUGUCUUGUCUGAGCAUUUAUUUUCAAACACUAAGGAGCUUUUGAACAUUUAUUAAAAACUUUUCGUUAAGUGUCACAUUUUAGGAACUUUUUGAAGACAAUCUAGGUUAAGCAAAAGCAAAGUGCCAUUGGUAGCCUUUACCUAAGGGGUGGGGGGGAAGGGUAGUCUCCAUAUUUUCUUUUUUAACUUUGCACUUUCUUUGUAUAACGGUUUGUGUUUUGGAUAUUGAUGCCCUGGAUAGUUUCCAGAGAAUGAUUACAUUGUUUAGGAUGAAUGAGUUGGGUGUAAGAUCUACAGUUUCCAGCUCUUUGAAACAGGAAAAACAAAUAACAUUUUGAUUUGACCAUGGGAGAUGAUGGUUGCAUGCUUCUAAUUUGUACAUUUCCAUCUUUGUGAUAAAAUGCUUUAAUAAACUUCUUAAAUUUUA